AUGUCACCUCUUGUGGUGCAGACCACAGAUCCUCUCUGCUCUCACGCCCCACUUCACUUCUCAGUCAAACCUCAAGCAAGAUAUGAUGCAACGCGACAUGCCGCUUCAAGGCUGUUGUACAUUUCCGACUGGAAGCUGAACUCGGAGUCUGCACGAGAUCAACCCAGACUACGAAAUUUGUUGGGCCACCUCUCUGUCCACGACCAGGCAAGGUCAAUCACACAUACCCAAACCAGGUCACCACCACCUGAACCAGAGCAAAGUAACGAGCUGUCUACCUACCUCCAACAAGUGCCCUCGUUCCGAGAAUUCCAGGCCGCCAUCGAAGUGCAGCUGGCGACCAUCGUGCAGAUCACAGCCGCAGCAGCUCAGCUGAAAUUUGUGAACAACCAUCGAUAUGAGGCGGCCGAGGAAGACAGCGAUUGCGACAGCUACGAGGGCGACUGGAGCGACGAGGAUACCGCGGCUGAAAGCGAUGAUAGCUUGACGGACAACGACAGCCUGGGCACAGCGUCGGAAUGCAGUAGCCCAACCUCGUGUUCCAGCAAGGUUCGACAUGGCGACGGCGACGAGGAGGAGCUGGAUCUGUGGGCUCUGCGCCCAAUGGCACCGUAUAUGAGGGAGCAGCCAGUUCUUUCGUGA